AUGAUGAAAUGUCAAGAGAAGCUUUCCAAGCGACUUGAAGAGUUCUCCGAGGCCGGUCAAGGCCAUUUUCCCAACUUGGAAAUUAAGGAAGCAACUAUUCAUGAUCCACCGCUCUCGGAGGAGAUCGUGGAUGACGAUGACUGGAGCGAUUGUGAUGGAGAGGAGAUCCCGGUACCCAUACCCAGUUUGCCUGAUCGGGGGUAUGGAUCAGCUGAACAUCAACAAAUCCUCUUACCAUCCUCAUUCCAAUCGGCCCUUCUGCCUACAUCACUGGGAGAAGCCCAGUGCAUAGAGAUAGAAUUGAGAGUGGCCCAGGCAAAUAACACUCUCAAAUGUUUACGGGAAGCCAUCGGUUACAAGUCAUUCCUUUACCGCAGGAGACUCAAUGCUCCUCAGGGCACUCGUGACCGAUACAAGCUGAUAGGGAAAAAAGAUACAAGGGCACUAACUAUGGUAUACGAUGGCAACGCCCAGGGUCAAAGAAAUAUUGCUUUGCCAUGGUUCUGGAAUAUGGCCAUGGCUGAUGAUUCGUUGGGUUCAACUUACAUGGAACAAGUAUAUCGGGUGAAUUGGCUUAGAGCAAAAGCUCGGUAUGACCGAUGUCGGAAGAGCAUACCUUGA